CUAAUAGGCGCAGAGCCCUACCAGUGGCGUGUCCAUGCUCUGAUUUUCGCCCAACACGGUGUUCCCACCGGCCUGGUCCGUCUGUUCAGCUCGUCGUCUUGGGCACCAGGAUAUGCGCUGAUGUUCGUUCUGGACUCUGGCCUACUUCCAUCGAAGAUAAAGCAUGAGGCCAGGAGAGCCAACAGUUGUGCAGCCAUGUACUCUUGUCGUAUGCAUCUUGGAGCCGCAGGCGGAACUUGUGCAGUGAGAUAUUAUAGUUGUCUACCCGUACAAUCACCACUGGCGCCAUUGUGCAGUCACGGAUUCAGUCACGUAAGCAGUCGCACUACGGUUCACCAUGAAGUUUCUUUGUCUUCCUGGAGCGUAUGGGAGCGCCAAGAACUUCCAAGUGCAACUCGGCCCCUUCGUGACAGCCGCAGAGAAUAGAGGCAUCACGCAGUUCAAAUGGACCCAAGGCACCAACAAGGCCACUCCGCCUGCUGGGUUUGAAGAUUACUUUGGAGCCGGACCGUUGUACCGCUUCAUUGACUUCGAUGGUCUCGAAUCUUUCGACAUUCUGGAGAAGAUCCGCGACUUUCCCGAUGGAGUAGGACCCGAAGAUACCAUGAGGCUUCUGAUGGGCGACAAGGCCCCGUACGUGGUGGAAAAUGUACAGUCGGCUCUGCAAGAUCUCCUCAACACCAUCGAUGGAGACGCCGAGAUCGCUGGCGUCUUGGGUUAUUCUGAAGGAGCUACCACUGCUGCGAGUCUGAUUUUGGAGGAGCGAAGGAGGUGGCAAGAGGAAGGAAGACCGCGGCGGAUCAAGAGUGCCAUAUUCUUUGCUGGAUGGCCACCCUUGUUGAUAGAAGAGGGCCAAGCGAAGGUCUUGCUUGCAGAUGAGUGCGGCGAAGUCAUUGACGUGCCAACCUUGCAUGUGGUAGGAUGCAACGAUCCCUACAUUCUCGGCGCCAUGGCUUUGUAUAACAUGUGUGACGGGGACUCGGCGGAGCUGUUCGAUCAUGGCAAGGGACAUACUGUACCGAGGGAUUCCCGAACCGUCCGGGAACUCAUUGAUGCAGUCGGUCGUUUGACCGCCAAAUGUGCAGUUUGAACUAUCGCACUGAGUAUCGGGAUUCAUGUCGUUAAGUCUUGAAAAUGCUAUUGCAAUGCUAUUGUUGUGCCACUGCUCUUAGGCUUUAGCCGUAACGCAACAGAGAUAUCAGGG